AUGCUCUUCAGUCCAAAACUUCUCUCAUGGCCGUGCCCCAGGCAGUCACAAGCCCAGGCUGCUCUGCUCCGCCGCCUAUUUUGCGCCUUCUACCCAACCAACCUCGACGAUGAUGAUCCCCCGUUUACACGAAUCCCCAAAAGUCCACCUCGAGGUCCAACGCCGCCACCGCUGCUGAAGCCCAAAGACCAGCCUGCCAAGAUCAGCCCCGACGAGCCGGCACACUCCGACCUUCCCUUCGACUUCCAGUACUCGUACUCGGAGACUGACCCGGCUUGGAAGCCCAUUGGAUUCCGCGAGCCGACCCGGUUUUCGCCCUUUGGCCCCGGCCGCCUUGACCGGCCUUGGGACGGCGUCGCCGCCGCCGCGAGCACCGAAGGGAACAGAGAGGAUGUUUAUGGCGGUCUGAGUCGUAGGGAUGAGGUGCUUGGCGAGGCGCUGUCGGAAGCGGAGGUGGCAGAGCUCGUGGAGAGGUACCGGCACAGCGACUGCUCCCGGCAGAUCAAUUUGGGGAAAGAUGGUGUAACUCAUAAUAUGCUCGAUGACAUCCACAACCACUGGAGACGUGCAGAAGCAGUCAGAAUCAAAUGUCUUGGGGUUGCAACUCUUGACAUGGACAAUAUAUGCUUCCAUCUUGAGGAUAAAACAGGUGGGAGAAUCAUAUACCGUAGCAUAAAUAUACUCAUCCUAUAUCGUGGCCGGAACUAUGAUCCAAAACAACGGCCUGUCAUACCAUUGAUGUUGUGGAAGCCAUUGGCUCCUAUUUAUCCUAAGGUUGUCCAAAAUGUUGCUGAAGGGUUGACUUUUGAGGAAACAAAAGAAAUGAGAAACAAAGGAUUACAUUCGCCACCGCUUAUGAAACUGACUAGGAAUGGUGUUUAUGUUAAUGUUGUUGACAAAGUGAGAGAGGCCUUUAAGACUUUGGAAGUUGUGAGACUAGAUUGCUCUCAUUGCGGUACUAGUGAUUGCAAAAAAAUUGGUGUGAAGCUGAGGGAUUUGGUUCCAUGCAUCCCUAUACUAUUUAAAGAUGAACAAAUUAUUCUCUGGAGAGGGAAGCAGAGUCAGGAGGACUCUGUUUCAGCUCAUUGUACUUCUCGACCACAGUGA